GCGAGAAUUAAAUCUACAGAGUGCUCGGAGAUGUUUCACCGUGAAUGAUAAUACACAUUCUUCGAUAAUCUCGUAGAUUCAACACAGCAGACGUAAACCUUCGACAUAGAUGGCGGACUUCUAUCCCCAAGAAGACAACCCAACAGUCACCAUCCUACUGCUCGGAGACUCGGGUUGCGGCAAGUCGACCUUUCUAUCGAGCCUCAAAUCCAACCACCGUCGACUCCAGGGUCAAGGAAGAGGAGGAGGAGGAGGAGGAGGAGGAGGGGGAGAUAACGUCCCACUCCGAGACAGCGACCAACCAUUUCUGUACGACAUCCGCUUCUCGAAGAAGUCCUUCACCCUCGAGGUCUACGACACCGCCAGUCCGAACCAGCACUGGUCAACUCUCCGACCGGACGUGGUGCUCUUGGCGUUCGAUGUCUCUGACCGCGAGACGCUGAACGGGCUGAAGGGGUGGCGACACGAUAUCAUCCGGUAUUUCCAACGCGGCGAUGGCGAGCGCAUUCCUAUCAUGGUGGUUGGAUUGAAACGGGACCUUAGGGUAGAGAGUGAGGGGGUUAUCUAUCCGCAGGAGUCGUACCGCAUCGCCCAGGAACUCCGUUGUGAUCGAUAUGCUGAGUGCUCUGCUGUUACUGGGGAGUUGCUGGCGGAGACAUUUGAGGAUAUCGCGCGGAUGGCGGGGAUGACGUUGACGGCUGCGGGGGGCCAGAGUAAAGGGGGUUGCGUUGUCUGUUGAUUCUUCUGUUGACUUAUGUUUUGGUGAUACCCUUUUUGGUCUUGAAUUUUGUUGUCUAUGGUUGAAGUGUGCUGAGGGGGUUUUUUAUGCGGGUUCAAGUUCUUGAAUUGGUAUAAAAGGUUGGUGAGUGUUUGUGUAUACAAGGGAGGGGGAGAUGGUAUGGAGUACUUGUAGAAGGCUGCAUGAAGCGAGUUCACUUGAUAGUAUUAUAGUCUGGGAAGACAUAGCCAG